AUGAUACUGCACAGAAUGAAAAAAGUGUGCUUCAGCAGCGAUGUUAACAUAUCCAACUUACUAAGAAAAAAAGGAAUAUUAUUUGAAAAUGUGAAAAGGGAUAAUUGCAAAAAAGAGUUAAUUUUAAGUUAUUUUGAUCUAAAAGGAGUAAAAUUGAGGGGAAAUGAUAUUCAUAUUAUGACAAACAUUUUGUGUAGACCUACAGGUAGGAUAAUGAUUUUAAUUGAUAAUAUGAAAAAGCAAAAUUUUAACUUUGAUUUUGGUACACUUUCGGGAGGAGAAUCAAAUAUAACACGUGAGGAAAAUAAAAUGGAUGACGAAGUUGGUGAUUCUAAGAACAGCAAAAUGCUUGAUGAAAAAGGUGGUACUUCAAUCGAUGAUAGAAACACAAAGUCUAGUUUCAGUAGUAAAAAGGAGCAUGAUGAACUGAGCAAUGACAAGACGAAUAAUAGGGAAAGGAAGGAAGAACAUAUUUGUACGAACAUGUGGAAUAGAAAUUUAAAAAAUUUAUUCAAGGAAUGUAAAAUUCAUCUAUGUGAUGAUUAUGAAAUCGAAAAGUUUGUGGAAGAAUGUGAAAGAUUUAUCAGAUUUACUGAAGAUAUUAAAAGAAUAGCUAGGUUUGAAAACAUAGAAAAAAUAGUUACCAUCAUAAAUAUCCCCAGCUGUUAUGGAAGAAAAGAAUUAGCACAAAUUAUAUACGAUUGUGCUAAAAUUAAAGUAAAAUUAAAAAAUAUAAUUUUCAGAUUUAAAAAAAAUGGAAUACAAAGUGAUUGUGCUUAUGUCUUAUGCAAUAGUGUAAAUGAUGCAAAUAUUUUAAUUAAUAAAAUGCAAGAAUAUCCUGUUGCUAAGAAAUAUCAUCUACGAGAAUUUUAUGGAACUGCUUUUUUAUAUGCGUCCAAAAAUAACCUUUUUCUUAGUUCAGAAAAACUCGAUUAUAUUACCAUUUUUUCAAAGUAUAAAAUAUUCACUUGUGGAUGGCACAAAGAUAUUACAAUAAAGGAAUUUGAGAGCUUUUUGAUUACUCUUAAAAUAUUCCCAAAAAAAAUUAUAAAAAUUAAUUAUAACAGAAAGAUCAUAGGGUCCGAUAACACAUCUGUAUGUAUACAAGGUCAAGGGGAUGGGUCACAAAAACAGUCCAUCGGUGAAUCAGACCCAAAACAUGAACUCAGUACGGUCGAUUCCAAUCAUAUUUUAAUAAAUAUAUACGAAAUGAAUCCUUCCUCCAUGGAAACUGAUGAAACAACGAACACCACCAGCAGCGCAAACAGCACAGAUGACAUGACUGAUAGGGAAAAUGCGAGCGAUACCAACACGUCUUCGUUUAUUUUAUUUUUCGAAAACAUGAGAAUGACUAAAAAGGUUUUUACAAAAUUAGAGAGACUAAAAAAGAAAUGGAAAAUAUCCACAUCUAAGAACUUCUAUGCAUACCCAAAAGUGCCUGACAUCCACUUCAACGAUGACGAAGAUUACGACGAUGAAAAUGAAUACGAAGACUCAGAUUUAGAUGAAGAAAUAGAAUAUUAG